AUGCUACGAUAUCAACAAAUCCGGCAAUUUGCAAGCGCUGCUUCAAAGAGCCCGAGGAUCGACCCGUCAAAGUACAAGCUUACGUGUGGUCUGGAGAUCCAUGCUCAGCUCAUGACUCCGCAAAAGCUUUUUUCUGCGCAAAACACAGGGUCUUUACAUGCACCUCCCAACUCGCAAGUGAGCUUUUACGAUGCAGCUCUUCCAGGUACUCAACCUUUGCUGAAUCCCAAUAAUGUUUUUCUUGCGUUGCGUGCUGCUGUUGCACUUGGGUGCUCUGUAGCGCCGAGAUUCUCGUUUGACCGUAAACACUACUUUUACGGCGACCAACCUGCCGGAUACCAAAUCACUCAACACUUUGAGCCGUAUGCGACAGACGGGCUUCUAACGCUGUAUGAACGAGAUCUUUCAGAUGGAAAGAAGCGAGGGUCUGCAGACUCUAUAGAGGAUGUGCGGGUGCGCAUCAAGCAGAUUCAAAUCGAACAAGAUACAGGCAAGUCGACUUAUAUUGACGAUACAUCCAACAUUGAUUUAAACCGAACAAAUCACUGUCUAAUUGAAAUGGUGACAGAGCCAGAUAUUCCAACCCCUGAGGCUGCCGGUGCAUUUGUUCGGAAAUUGCAGCAGCUGCUUGCCCACUUGGGUGUGUGCACAGGUGAGCUUGAGUCUGGUGCAAUGCGUGUGGAUGUCAAUGUUUCGGUAAGUCGACGCGCAGACAAGGAUACCUGGGACUCUGGAGAGCGAUGUGAAAUCAAAAACUUGUCGACAACUUCCGCAGUCGUGCAUGCUAUCCGGGCUGAGUUUGCGCGACAGGUUGCAGAUGUGGAGGCAGGCCGAGAAAUCGAACGUGAAACUAGAGGAUGGGACGGUCGACGUACAUGGAAACUGAGAUCCAAAGAGGAUGGUGUGGAUUAUAGAUACAUGCCAGAUCCGGAGGUUCUGCCAGUGGAACUGGAACCCGAUGUAGUGGAGCGCGUUACUGCAGGGCUGCCUGAGCUGCCGGAUGCCAUUUUGCAGCGGUUGCUGGCUGCACCGUAUAACGUGCCACUACGAGAUGCGCGCACAUUGAUGGCUGGUGGUGAAGAAGAAGAAGUUCCUGGAGAAGUUUCUCAGCGGGUUCUUGGUCAGGCUGGGACAUUGCCUGUUGUGGAGUACUACGAGGCAGUAUUUGCUCGGUUAGUAGCAAGUGGUGCAGAGACUCGUCUUGCAGCUAACUGGAUUGUGCAUACACUUCUUGGAGAGCUCAAAACGCUGGGCCGCUCAGCGGUUGUUGAAGGUGAGACAGUUCCUCUGGCAGCACAGUUUGGCGAUUUGCUUACAGCAGUGUCGUCCAAGGAACUAACGGCAGCGUCCGGGAAGCUGGUGCUCAAACAUUUGCUACAGAACCCGCGGGAAACGUCCACUCGUAGCAUUGACGAGAUUGUGGAGGAGUUUGAACUUGCACGGGCUCCAACUAAUGGAUCUGCUGAAGCUGGAGCUGGCACUGAGGAUGAUGUUGCAGCAGCGGUGCGUGAGGUGUGCACAGAGACUAUGGUUAAAUUCCCCAAGAUUGUGGAGCAGAUUACGAGUGGUAAGAAGCCCAAAUCGAUUCAGUUCCUUAUUGGACAGGUGAUGCGUGAGACUCAAGGCCGUGUGGAUCCACAGGCCAUUGAAGUUGUGUUUAAAGAGCUUUUGGGUCAGAAAUGA